AUGAUCCGCCAAGCCACCCCCCUCCUCAAACACAUCAUUUUCCGCGGCCACUUCGACGACCCCGGGAGGCAGCGCUGCCUCCAGUACCUGAAGACGCUGCGGUCCCUGCAGGCCGGCGGCUAUGAGACCGUCUUCCUGGGGGAGACCGACCUGCCCGAGGCCCUGGUCACCGGGGACAGGGCCGGGGAAGCCCCCCGGGGCCCCACCUUGAGCGUCGUCCACGGCGGGAGCCACCGGGGCUGGGUGCCCUGGAAGUACCGACUCUUCCUCCGAGACGAGUUGCGCCGGGGCCGCGAGGAGGGCCUCUUCGCCGAGUUCUGCGACGCGCUGACGGCCGCCUACGGGAGGUGCGCCGUGGUGGUCCGCGAGAGAAGGCCUCCGGGCCCCCCGGGAGAGGGGGCGGCCGCCGUUCUCGGCUCGCCCAGCAUCGUGUGCUGCCCGGACGUCGCCCGGGCCAAGGGGCACGAGCUGCUGGCCCUGCCGGCCCCGUACGGCUACCUGAGCCCCCUGGAUACGGCCUGGGCCACCCUGAGGUGGUUCAUUCUCCACAACCAGAGGGAAUUCUCCCUGCGGUCGGCCACCGACGCCACCUACGCCUACCGGUUCGUGUUCUUCAGCGACAUGGUGGGGAAGGGGAUCGAGCGGAUGUCCCCGGGCCGGUGGAGGACGGCCGCCGGCAAGGUGCGCCGCUGGGAGAGCUACUACCUCGGAAGGUUUUCCUAACGGGCCCCUCCGGCUCGACCUUCGACCCAACACGCUCGGCCCCACCACCUCGGGGGGGGACAGCCUAGAGGCCGGACGCGCGGAGAUGCCAUUAAAAGGUC